AUGGCUACAAAAAUGGGAAAGAAGCAAAUUAUACAGGCUGUUGUUCUUGCAGAUGAUUUUGUAACGAAUUUGAUGCCUGCAGAGACUAUAUUCCCAACAAUAUUAAUGCCUAUAAUAAAUGUUCCACUGUUAGAUUAUUUAGUGGAAACUCUAAUUAAGUCGAGAGUGCAAGAAUUACUUCUUUACUGUAGCAACCAUGUAGACUUAAUAAAAGCAUAUAUAAAACAGAAGAAAUGGCUUAAAAUAUCAGUUUCUUUAAUUGUAUCAGAUGCUUGCACUUCUCUUGGAGAUGCUCUCAGAGAUAUUGAUACAAAAGGUUCCAUUCGUGGUAAUUUUAUACUUAUUAGAGGAGACGCAUUUAUUAAUGCCAAUCUUACAAAUCUUUUAAUCAAACAUUGCGCAAAGCUGAAGGAAGACAAAGGUACAGCCAUGACCAUGGUGUUAAGAAACAUUGGUUCCAUAAAUGGAUCUUCUUUGAGACAAAAAUUAUAUUUGGUAGUUUCUGACAAAAGUAGUAGAAAGAUUUUACAUUAUAAUGUAUUAACGAAAGAUUUAAAUAAAGUAAAGUUGGAAUUAGAUUGGUUUUUGAACCAUAAUGAAAUUGAAAUUAAUACCUGUUUUUUGGAUAGUCAUGUUUAUUUAUGUUCUCCUUCCGUAUUACCAUUAUUCUCUGACAAUUUUGAUUUCCAAACGAUGGAAGAUUUCAUUCGCGGAGUGUUAAUGAAUGAAGAAAUUUUAAAUUCUCGAAUAUAUUGGCAGCAAUUAGAUCCACAAGAUUAUAGUCUGCCGAUUGUAUCAUGGAAUGCAUAUCACUGUCUUAACCGAGAUAUCCUGAACAGACAUACUUUUCCACUUACACCAAAUGCUGUUCCAUUUUUAAAAGAUUUUAUUUAUAUGCCAAGAAGCACGUAUAAACAUAGAAGUGCUACUCUUGCUAAAGGUUGUAUAUUAGAGAAAGAUAGUAUAUUAUGCCAAAAUAGUACACUUGGGAAUGAUACUUUAGUUGUAAAAGCAGUUAUUGGAGAUCAUUGUUUAGUGGGGUCUAAUGUAACAAUUAAGAAUUCUUACAUUUUCUCAGAUAAUAAAAUUGAAGAUAACUGUACCAUUAUAAAUAGUGUAAUAUUUUCAAAUUGUUUCAUUAAACAAAACACAAGAAUAGAUGGAUGUAUAUUACGUCCCAAAACGAUUAUUUAUACUCCAAUGGAGUAUAUUGACUCUAUCAUAGAAUCAAAAGACGAUAAAAUUUCUACAAAAACAAUAUCAGAAAUUGAUCCAUAUAAUGAAUUUCAUCUCUUUAAAAAUUAUGACAUACUGGAAAAUGAUAAUAAUGUACAUACAAACACAGAUACAUCAAGUAUUGAUGAAGCUUCUGAUUGUAAUUUGCCAGCUGCAGAUGACAUAAGCAUGUUCUUAUCUGAGGUUAUUGAUAGUUUAUUAAGAGGCUUCCAAGAUCAACUUAAGUGUGAAAAUUUAAUUUUAGAAAUAAAUUCAUCUAGAUACGCAUAUAAUGUUACUAUGGACGAAGUAACAUAUAAUGUUAUUAAAGCCAUAUUAAGUUUACCUCUCCAUCUUUCAGAAGAGAAAGAAACUAGUAUAGACUAUCAUAGAAAUUUAAAGCGUGUAAUAACAUAUUUUUAUCCAAUUAUAUUGAAUUAUGUUAAAACAGAAAAUGCACAAAAUGACUGUUUACAUGCAAUAGAAGAGGUUGCAAGUACAACUCCAGAAUUGUUAUCAUGUUUGCAAGUUUUGUUGCAUAUGCUUUAUGAUAGAGAUGUAUUAUCAGAAGAAAAAAUUUUAGAAUGGUACAAAUCUAGUGAUAAAGACAUGGAUUCAUAUGAGAAAAACAAAGUGAGAGUUGCAAUACAACCAUUUAUUAAAUGGUUAGAGGAAGCUGAAGAAGAUUCUAGUGAAAGUGGAAAUGAUUAA